CAACUUGAAGCUGGUUCUCUUUCUCAGGCUGAUCCUUGCAAGACUAUUUAAAAUACAAAACUGCUGUAAUCGGAUUGUAGAACUUCUGCCACGAAGCAGCUACGUACGUGAUUCGUUCGUGCCUUGUUUCUAUUGUCAGUCAUGGCAGACGCUAACGAAAUCGCCAUCGCCCAAGCUCAAGCACCAUUCGAUGAUCAUAAUUGUGAUAUCAUCCUCCGUUCGGCCGAUGGUGUCGAUUUCCAUGUCUUCAAGCUCAUUCUUUCGCUCAUGUCACCCGUAUUCAAAGACAUGUUUGCGCUACCGCAGAGCGAACCACAGUCAUAUGUAUCGUCCGUACCCGUCAUUACUGUGACUGAGAGUAGCACGACCCUCGAGUCCCUUCUUCUACUUUGCUAUCCUGCCGCCACCACAACCUUCGGCAGCUUGGAUGAUGCAAAGGUUGUGAUGAAAGCAGCUAGCAAGUAUGACAUGCAAGCGGCCCUCAGCCGUGCAGGGGACCUCGCGAUGGCACAGUUUUUACCAAAUCACUUUCUCGAGCUAUACGCUCUCUCUUGUCGAUUCGGAUGGCCGCAUCAUGCGCAGACAGCCGCUACCCGGACCCUUGAGAUCAAGGAUCUAGGACGACCCAGCAAUAUGUUUAAUGGUAUGCGGGACAUCACCGCUUUGGAUCACCACAGACUCCUCGAAUACCAUUAUAAAUGCGGCACCGCUGCUCGAACAGUCGGGAGCUCCCUUUCCUGGCUAGGGUUUUCAUAUAGACACAUGCAGAUGUGGAGAGAAUGCAGUUGCAGAAGUGGCACGGGGUUUGUGAUGCUCCAAACAGACUUUGGAAAUGUGAAGGUCGCCCCGUGGUUCCAUGACUAUCUGGUUUCGAGUGGGAAGGACUUGUUGGCAAGACCUUGCGAGUCAACCUUAUGGGAAAUGGCACCUUAUAAUCGCGCUAUUACCAAAGCGACUGAGUGCACCUAUUGCCGACCCACUAUCGUCGAGCAUAUGGACAGAUUCCGCGCCUCAUAUAUCGCACGAGUCAAGAAGGUGGUCGCGACUGUGAGCUCUUCCUGCUACUUGAUUCAUUACUGAUUCAACACUCAACUGAAUUCUGUAGGUGAAAUUGGAGGCUUAUGAUUAAAGUACUCGCUGUCGUGUUGCUGCUACUAUAGUGCCGUGUACCAUCAGAGCUGGCGUUGUGUUAGAUACUGUACUGUAGUAAGUUGGCGACAGUGUGACGACUGUGGAAUUGAACAAGUUAUGUAUAUGACCUAACAACACUGCGUGCAUUGAGAAAGAAGACCAGUUAGGCCAAAAGCGACGUGGUAGCACAAGUGGUAGUAGACUCGAGUACUAAUCAGCCCCUGUCCCAGCUGGACCGCGAUUUCCAUUU